CCCCAUUUAGCUAUUAGUUGAACCCAACAUGUCUGCCUGCCAUGGCUUGCCGAGUCCGGACCUGUAAAACUUCACAACUUCAGCUGUAACUUACUCAUAGGGAAGCCACAACACUUAUGAUGCCCCCAAGAAUACACCAGUCAAGGAAGAACAAAGUCAAGUAAGCCACACCUCUGACAAAGAUCCACAAAGCCUGUGGUACAUCAUAAUUGUUGUGUUUUACUGUGUGUGCAUAAGGCAUGGAUGCCACACAGACAUCUCCAAGUAAGAAGAGGAAAAGACUGGACAGCCACGGAAGCCUGGCAGACGUCUCGGACAUGGGCAGUGCAGAUGGGAGGUACACCCGAGACAGCCAUGACAUCAUCGUUACUAAGAGCAGGAUCUACAAGAAGAAGCAGAUGAAAAAAUUGGGUUCAAAAUCCUCUGCAGAAAUAUCCAACACAGAUUCUGAUGGUGAUAGAAGGAUAAAGGAGAAGAAAAACAAAGACAACGAGACAUCAACAGCUUCAAAGCAGAGCAAAUAUGGUAAUGUUGUCAAUGGAAGUUCAGACAUUACAGGUAACAGCAACAAAAGAGGUGUAGCCAACAAUUUGCCAAUGUCCCCUACAAAGUCUAGCGUUCUCCUCAGAAGACAGUACAGAAGGGAGAGAACCUCAAGUCAGAGCAGCACAGGUACAGACCACGGGAACACUUCCCUCUCUCAGAUUGACUACUUUCCUCUGAGUGGCCUAGAAAAGAAAAAUGACACAACAGAAGAAGAGAGAAAUGCUGAACUUACUUGUAGUCCACAGAAAAGCCCUGCAAAAAGGUCGUCAGCAAGUGGCGUGUUCCCUUGGAUUUCAAGCAGCCAGGAGAGUGAUAAAGACAGUCAGCCUCCUAUACGGCUUGAUGCUGAUGGUCUGUUGGUGCAAGAGGAUAUCUUCAAGAAGCCGUUAGAGCCUGUAAAAUGCUGUAGUGGUCUGGUGAGCAGGUCAGGUAAAAGGAAGAAGAAACGUCAAGAGAAAGGUAGUAUGUCGGAUGAUACGUCAGGUGUAGAGACAGACACAAGUACAACUACAAGUGCUUCAACUGUCCAGUCUGCACAAGAGGAUAGUGAAAGUGGCAAUGAGAAAAGACGCAAGAAGAAGAAGAAAAAGAAAGAAAAGGAUAAAGAUGUAGAAUCGAAUACUUUGGAAAACCAGACCACAAAUGUUUCAACUAUCCAGUCUGCAGAUGAUACUGCCAAAGACAGUGAUGAAAAAAGACAGAAGAAGAAGAAGAAAAAGAGGGAAAAGGACAAAGAUUUAGAAUCUGAUGCUCUGGAAUACCAGGCCACAAGUGACUCAACAAUCCAGUCUGCAGAUGAUAAUAUUAAAGAAAGUGAUGAAAAAAGACACAAAAAGAAGAAAAAGAAGGAAAAUGAUCAAGAAUCAAAUGCUUUGGAAGGCAAGGCCACCAUCCAGCCUGGAGAAGACAAUGAUGAAGAGAGCAGAGAGAAAAAACACAAGAAGAAGAAGAAGAAAAAGGAUAGAGAUGUUGAAGACACUUCAGAUGGUCAGUCCAGUGUUUCAAGAAUCCAGACUGAAGAUGAUAAUGCUGAAGGGGAUGGAGAAAAAAGACACAAAAAGAAGAAGAAGAAAAAGAAGAACAAGGAUACAGAGUCAAGCACUUUGGAAAUGCAAGUGUCAGAAGCUGAAGACAGUGAUAUCAUUCCUCCAUCACAAGAAUUAUCUAAACCUGAGAAAUCUAAGAAAAAGCACAAAAAGAAGACAAAUGACUCAGAGGUAAAUGGGGAGAAAGUAGUGCCAUGCUCACAAGAUACAACACUGAAUGGUAAUGUGUCUUCUGAAAGCCAAAAUGCUUCAAAUACAGACACAGACAGCAAAAAGAAGAAAAAGAAAUCAAAGGACAAGAGGUCAGAAUCUGCAUACACUUCACAGUCAGAAUCUGAGGUUCCUGAAUCCGACGUUGACCCACCAGUGGACAGCCCCCUGCCUCUUCCAAGGAGACAUGCAAUAGAGCACAAUGAGGCAAGUAAAGCUGGCUCUAAGAACAAGCCAAAGUCUACUACAAAAAAGCUGCCAGUCUGGUGCAUAGAGGAUGCAGGCCAGGAGUCACAGACAGUGUCUGAGGUGUUUGAUUUGUUUGGAUGGGGGCAGAACAAACCAUCAAGUUCAGGUACAAGGCAUUCCAGUCUGGGUCUGAUCAGGACUCCCAGUGCACAGCCCAACUUGACAGGGUGGUGGGUAAAGAAGGAGGUACUGGUGUAGAAAGGAGAAGAAAAGACACUACGUUUGAGCACCAAUCACAUGAUGAAACUGCUGUUACUAUCACUCCUCAGAAGAAAAGUCAGCUUUCAAA